CAAAGACAGAAAGACACAUUUGUCUAAAGCCGGCGGCUAGUCGCGAAGUCCCAUCAUUUUCCAAAUUUCAAUAGGAUUUUACUCGCCGUUUUAUUCCUUUUACCAAACUACCCCUCUCUUAAUAACCCUCUAAUUGCUGUCCUAUCUCAUUUUUACCCUUCAUUCUUCUUUAAAUUCCGUCACAUGGCCGUCAUCCCUUGCCCAUUGGUCCUCAAAAUCUCUGGGGCUAAAAUUGUCCCCCAGAGUAAUUAUCACAGUGGCAAUUCGGUCAAAAUAAAAUUAUUACCGAACACUGAAACUCCCAUUGCAAUAAGAAAAACUCCUCCGAUCCACGGCCGGGCAAAUACUCCUCGGCCACUGCAGCCAAUCAGAUUUUUGCACAUGGCGGCCCAAAAUGUUGAUUCGACUGAUGAUCGUAUUUCUGGGAUUUCAUCUUCCAUUCGGGUCAUACCCGAUUUCCCCAAACCUGGGAUAAUGUUUCAGGAUAUAACGACUUUGCUUCUUGAUCCCAAGGCAUUUAAGGACACGAUCGAUUUGUUUGUUGAGAGAUACAAGGACCAAAAUAUUAAUGUUGUUGCAGGCAUCGAGGCUAGAGGUUUCAUAUUUGGGCCUCCAAUUGCAUUGGCUAUUGGGGCCAAAUUUGUUCCCAUGAGAAAGCCUAAGAAGUUACCUGGUGAGGUUAUUUCAGAAGAGUACUCUUUGGAGUAUGGAACAGACAUAAUGGAGAUGCAUGUAGGGGCUGUACAAGCUGGAGAACGGGCACUUGUCGUUGAUGAUCUUAUUGCAACUGGGGGAACCUUGAGUGCUGCAAUCCGCCUACUUGAGCGAGUUGGGGUUGAUGUGGUUGAGUGUGCAUGUGUUAUUGAAUUGCCGGAACUGAAGGGCCGGAAUCGAUUAGGAGACAAGCCGCUGUUUGUUCUUGUGACCUGAACUUGAUGCUGUUGUGAAACUUGAUAUCGAGAUUGGAAGGAGGAGAAUGUGUUCAUGUCGAAAAUAAUUAAUGGUUUCUGGCUUUCAUUAUUGAAUUUGUAUUUGCUUAUUUGCUUCAACAAGUGCUUUGGGCAGGAUUUAAAUGAAAACUAUUCGCAUUCUUAUCUGUGAAAACAUGGCUGCUGGUAAUUGUGGUGUAUAUGUCCAAACCUAGUGUUGUAUUGCCAAAACUUCGAAUGCAUGUGCUUACAUAUAGUUUCUUUUGAAGUAA